AUGGCGGUCGGUCUACCGGUCCUGUUGGCCAUUUCCCUGGUGGAGGCCUACUUCCUCCAGCGCACCGUCUUCGCCGAAGAGGCAUUUCGCACGGUCAUUUUAGGUGCCUUGGGUGUGAACUUCGUACUCAAGGGCAUCUACAGUGCGAUAGUAUGGCCCUUGUUCAUGAAUCCACUGCGCCAUCUUCCCACGAUCCCGGGCUAUAUGAACCAUGCCAAGAUCAUCUUUGAUUCCCCCCGCGGUCGCUCGCCGUUGCACUGGAUGAAGACCAUCCCCAAUGAUGGGCUCAUUCAUAUGCGGGAUAUGAUCAGCCAGAGCUACCUGAUCCCUACGAACCACCAGGCACUGUUGGAUAUCAUGAGCACCAACACUUACGACUUUGAGAAGCCCUGGCAUGCGCGCAACUUCCUCGCUCGUAUUCUCGGUUUUGGUCUUAUCUUGUCUGAAGGUCCUGCGCACAAGAAGCAGCGGAAGGCUCUCACGCCUGCGUUCAAUAUUAAGAACAUCCGCGCUAUGUACUCUCUGAUGUGGGACAAGACGAAUCAGCUCCUGGUUGAGAUGGAGAAGGAGCUGAAGUUGAACCCGAUGGAGGGUACCAACCCUGAUGAGGGUGUCGGGAAGUUGGAGAUGGGAGUUUGGGGAAGUCGUCUGACUCUCGAUAUUAUCGGCCCAGCUGCGAUGGGUCGAGACUUCCGUUCUCUGCAAAAUCUCGAUAACAGAGUCGCCGAAAGCUUCCUGAACAUCCUCGAACCCACCACCGAAAAGAUGGCUUUCCUAGCUAUGAACUUUACUUUGCCUCAGUGGAUUGCUCAGCGUGUGCCAUGGCGUUUGAACCAGGUCGUGGCCAAUGAGACCGGCUUCCUGCGUGACCUGUGCACCGACAUCGUUGUCGAGAAGCGGAAGUUCCUAGCUGAUUCCAAGGCAUCUGCUCAGGACCUUGAAGCUGAUAUUCUCGGCACGAUGAUGCUGGGCGGUGAUUUCUCCGACACUGAGCUAGUGGAUCAGAUGUUGACUUUCCUGGCUGCCGGACACGAAACCACCGCAAGUGCCCUAACCUGGGCAUGUUAUCUAAUGACUCUCCACCCCGAGUGCCAAGAGAGACUCCGCGCCGAGAUCCGCGCAAAGAUUCCAACCGCCGAGACCCAAAUCACCUACAGCGAUCUCGAAUCCCUCCCCUUGCUAAACGGCGUCUGCCAUGAAGUCCUGCGCCUUUACCCCACCGUGCCCGCCACGAUCCGUGAGUCCGUGCGUGACACAACGGUGGCAGGCAAACACGUGCCCAAGGGAACGCGUCUAAUUCUCUGUCCCUAUGCAAUCAACCGCUGCCCGCUAUUCUGGGGCGACAAUGGCGAGGAAUUCCUUCCCGAGCGUUGGAUCGACACAGACAAGAACGGAAACUUGGUUCCCAACAAGAAUGGCGGUGCCUCGACUAACUUUGCGGAGAUCACUUUCCUGCAUGGCCAGAGAUCGUGUAUUGGAAAGGACUUUGCGAGAGCGGAGUUGAGGUGCGCGGUUGCGGGUGUUGUUGGACGGUUUGCUCUUGAGAUGCAGGAUCCUAAGCAAGAGAUUCAUAUUGCUGGGGCGGUUACUACUAAGCCGGUUGAGGGGAUGCAUUUGAGGAUGCGUCGGGUUGAGGGGUGGUAA